AUGGCUGUGAAGGUGGUUGAACGGCAAGGGGGGGAGGAGGGCGUGGAAAGGGAGGAGGGAGGAGGGGAUAAGGAGGUGGGGAAGGGGAAGAGGAGAAGAGGGAGCACAGGGGGCAAAGUGGGAGGUGUGAAGGCCAAGAAGCCGAAAGUAAUGAAGAGGAGACUCGACAUGAACUCACGCCAGCGAACCUACGAACUCCAGACAUCUCCCACAAAGGCGUUGAGCAGGAUGGAGGUACCGGUUCUCCGCGCGUGUCUGAGGUGUCGCACGCUCAUCAUUCACCACGAGGGCUGCAAGUACGUCACAUGUCAGUGCGGCGCCACCUUCUGCUUCGCCUGCCUGCAACCUUGGGAUGAGUGCAACACUGACCAUAGUGGGCCCUGCACUGCGCCAGUUGCACCCCGUCAGGGUUAA